AUGGAGGAGAAGGUUGAGGUCCGCGAGACCUAUCAGUUCGACUGGGAGCGGUCGACUUCGAUCAAGAAGGACGAAGAGCAAGAGAUUGGAAAUUUGACGAGGAUUGCAUCCAGCCCAAACGGUCGAAAAAUCUCCCUCUCUGCUACAAUCGACGAGAGGGAUGACCCCCGGUUGGAUCCCACCCACGCCGACUUCAAUCAUCGUCUAUGGGCAAAGUUUGUGCUCAAGGCGCUCGACCAGUCCGGGAUUGUGCCGCAGACGCAGGGCGUGGUCUUUUCUAACCUCUGCGUGUCUGGCUCGGGCUCAGCACUGCAGAUUCAAGAGACACUCCCUACACAGUUAACAGCUCCCUUCCGCCGACUUGCGGGGGCCCUGUCUGGACGCAGCUCUCCUCCUCCACGACAGAUCCUUAACAGCUUCGAUGGCUUGCUUCAAAGUGGGGAGCUUCUCCUUGUCCUUGGUCGCCCUGGAAGUGGCUGCACUACAUUUCUGAAGACCCUCUGUGGCCACCUCGGUGGUCUGACUCUCGAACCCCAAAGCUCCAUCCACUACCAGGGGAUUGAGUAUGAGGAUAUGAUCAAGCACCACCGUGGCGAGGUUGCAUACAACAAGGAAGUCGACCAGCAUUUCCCGCAUCUUACCGUUGGCCAAACACUCUCGUUCGCGGCUCAUGCGCGGACUCCGCAGAAACGUAUCGAUGGCCUAACACGCGCCGAGUAUGUCGAAACGAUCACCAAGGUCGUUCUCGCCGUGUUCGGCCUUUCAAACACCUAUAACACGAAAGUGGGAGACAACUUUGUGCGAGGAGUCAGCGGUGGCGAGCGCAAGAGGGUGAGUAUCGCGGAGAUGUUCCUCUCACGAUGUCGAAUUGGAGCCUGGGACAACAGCACCCGGGGCCUCGAUGCGGCGUCCGCCCUGAAAUUUAUCAAGUCCUUGCGUCUUGCCGCCGAUAUGGGCCAAUCGUGCCACGCUGUCGCCGCUUAUCAGGCUUCUCAAUCCAUGUACGACCAGUUCGACAAAGUUGUCGUUCUCUAUGAGGGCCAUGAGAUCUACUUUGGCCCUUGCUCCCGUGCCGUGAACUACUUCCAAGAGAUGGGAUGGGAGUUGCCAGAGCGCCAGGUGAGCGGCGACUUUUUGGCCUCCGUGACCAACCCAAGCGAGCGUCAGGCCCGUCCUGACAUGGCAGACAAGGUGCCACGCACUGCGAAAGAGUUUGCCGAAUAUUGGAAGCGGAGUGCGGAGUAUAAGGAGCUCUACAGACAGAUAGAGCAGUAUGGCUCGAACCAUCGACCGAAUCCAGACGAGGCCGAGAUUUUCAAGAAGAAUCAUCAAGAGCAACAAGCCCGUCACACACGGUCACGCAGCCCAUACCUUCUCUCUGUUCCGAUGCAAGUGCGCCUCUGCUUGCGCAGGGCUUACCAGCGACUCCGAAACGACCUACCAACAGCCAUGUCCACCGUCAUAGCACAGCUCAUUCUAUCUUUGGUCAUCGGUUCGAUCUUCUUCAAGUCCCCCACCACGACCGCAUCAUUCUUCCAGAAGGGGGCCGUGUUAUACUUUGCGGUGCUUUUCAAUGCCCUCGUCACACUAAACGAGAUUAUUCAGCUGUACACCCAGCGACCAGUUGCCGAGAAACAAGCAAGCUAUGCAUUUGUCCAUCCCUUUACCGAGGCCCUAGCCAGCUUGAUCAUGGAUCUGCCCAUCAAGUUCUUACGCUGCUCCACCUUUAGCAUCAUUCUCUAUCUUAUGUCUAACCUUCGGCGAGAACCCUCACAGUUCUUUAUUUUCUAUAUCUUUUUGCUGAUUGCUGUCGUGACAAUGUCUGGGAUCUUCCGCAGUCUGGCUGCAGCCACGAAGACAAGUGCACAGGCCAUGGCAAUGGCUGGCGUUUUUGUCCUGUGCAUUGUGGUCUACACCGGCUUUGUCUUGCCACAACCGUACAUGCAUCCCUGGCUUUCCUGGAUCCGAUGGAUAAACCCCAUCUACUAUGUCUUUGAGGCUCUGAUGGUGAAUGAAUUCCAUGGCAGGGACUUUAAAUGCGCAUCGGUGGUUCCUAGCUACGCUACUGGGUCGUCUUUCAUUUGUUCAACCGUUGGCGCAGUGGCAGGGGAGCGGUUCGUCUCUGGGGAUGCCUAUCUGGAGCAGAACUACGAAUACUCCUAUAGCCAUAUCUGGCGAAACCUCGGUAUUGUCAUUGCAUUUAUGAUAUUCUUUAACGGCCUUUAUCUGUUCCUCUCGGAGUAUAACUCCAGCGAGAAAUCCAAGGCCGAAACUCUGGUUUUCAGGCCCGGCCAUGUCCCGAAAUUCCUUUUGUCCUCCGAAGGUAUUGAAGGUGGGGGUACAAACCCUGAUACGCCUGGGCUGCAAGAAGGCGAGGAAACCUUCCAUCUCCCCGAGCAGAAAGAUGUCAUUUCCUGGAAGGGUCUCAAUUAUGACAUUCCAGUCCAGAUCGGCAACCGAAGACUUCUGAGCAAUGUGAAUGGGUGGGUGAAGCCUGGCACUUUAACAGCGUUGAUGGGAGUUUCCGGGGCUGGAAAAACCACCCUUCUAGAUGUCCUCGCUCAGAGAGUGUCAAUCGGUGUGGUCACCGGCGAUAUUCUAGUGAACGGACGAGGAUUGAAGCCUAAUUUCCCGCGAGAGACUGGAUAUGUGCAGCAACAGGAUGUUCAUCUGGAGACAACCACGGUGCGAGAAGCCCUGCGCUUCAGUGCCAUGCUUCGCCAGCCCCCAUCGGUGCCCAAGAAAGAGAAGUACGACUAUGUUGAGGAGGUCAUUAAAGUUCUACACAUGCAAGAUUUUGCGGAGGCAGUGGUGGGUUGUCUCGGAGAGGGUUUGAACGUGGAGCAAAGGAAACUAUUGAGCAUCGGGGUAGAACUUGCUGCAAAGCCCAGGUUGCUGCUAUUCCUCGAUGAACCAACCAGCGGUUUGGACUCCCAGAGCUCGUGGACCAUCUGCUCGCUUCUGCGAAGACUUGCGGAUCACGGACAAGCAGUUCUUGCUACAAUCCACCAGCCAAGUGCGAUGUUAUUCCAGACAUUCGACCGCUUGCUUUUCCUUGCCAAGGGAGGCAAGACGGUCUACUUCGGGGAUAUUGGAGACCAGUCCCGCCUUCUCUUGGAUUACUUCGAGCGCAACGGUGCUAGGCGCUGUGGCGAUAUGGAGAACCCUGCAGAGUACAUCCUUGAGAUCGUCUCCGGGGAGGCAUCUGAGGACUUCGAUUGGCCCCGUACCUGGAAUGAAAGCCCAGAAUAUACCGCAGUUCUCGCGGAGGUUGAUCGCCUCUUGGAGGCUGGAGAACAGCCCGAGCCACAAGCGCAGGACGACGAUAACCAAGGUGAAUUCGCAAUGCCUCUAAGCAGCCAGCUCUACUACGUCUUGCAUCGGGUCUUCCAGCAGUACUACCGCCAACCACCAUACGUAUUCGCGAAAUACGCCCUCGGGAUCACGUCCGGCUUGUUCAUCGGCUUCUCCUUCUACAAGGCCAACAACACCCAGCAGGGCUUCCAGAACGCCCUCUUCAGCGUCUUCCUUCUAUGUGUGAUCUUCACCUCGCUCGUCAACCAGAUAACGCCCAAAUUCGUCGUUCAACGCUCACUAUACGAAGUACGGGAGCGCCCAUCACGGGUAUAUUCAUGGAAAGUGUUCAUUCUCUCGCAAGUGCUCGUCGAAGUCCCCUUCCAGAUCAUCCUUGGAAUCUGCUCCUGGGCAUGCUUCUACUGGGCCGUCAUAGGCACGGAUCAAGAGCCCGAACGCCGCGGUCUGGCUCUCCUCUUCAUCGUGCAAUUCUUCCUGUACGCAUCCAGCACCGCCCAGCUCGCCAUAUCCGCCGUCCCCCAAGCGCCCCUGGCAGCCAUGCUCGCGACCCUCAUGUUCGCCUUCUCGUUCAUUUUCAACGGCAUCCUCCAGCCCCCUGCCGAUCUCCCGGGGUUCUGGAUCUUCAUGUAUCGCGUCUCCCCCUUCACCUACUACGUCAGCGGGAUCAGCAGCACGAUCCUCCACGGCCGCCCCGUGGAAUGCAGCACCAAGGAACUCAGCAUCUUCGACCCCCCUUCCAAUCUCACCUGCGGCCAGUACAUGCAGAAAUACCUCGAGGUUGCCGGCGGACGUCUUUACAAUCCCAACGCCACCUCCGCCUGCCAGUACUGCUCCUUGACCCUCGCGGAUGAGUACCUCUCCCUCCGCUGGAUCUACUGGGAUGACCGCUGGCGUAACUAUGGCAUCUUCUGGUGUUUCUGGGCUUUUAAUGUCGCUGGUGCGGUCGUCUUGUAUUAUAUCUUCCGGGUCAAGACGUGGGGGAAACGGAUGUAGGGGGGUGUUUAUACUUACAGAUUGAUCUGGCCUGGCAUGGUUUGAUCUGUCCUGGCCUGACCUGGCUUGACUUGACUCGACCCAACUCGACUCGUUUACACUGUACCAAUUUUUUUUUUCACUCAUUCUGGAGGCACUACAUACAUUACUACAUCAGUGGUGGUGUUGGUGUGCUGUUCAUAUUUAAUGUUGAUUUGCUAGUCUAUGCCUAUAUCUAUUUAGGCUUGGCUUCUUGCC